GUGAUGGCGCUCGCGAUGGAAUGGCGCGCGCUGUUAUUAGUUUGCGAGUAGCUUAAAUAUCUACUCGGUACUUAUUCAUCAGAGCAAAGCAUAUGCACGGCAUGAGUUAUGCGAGUCGUAUUUGACGAGAUAAAACGUGAAAUUUGCGAUAAAAGACGUGCUUUUAAGCACUGGCUCGCCGAGUUAUGAACCAAGCGUGUCUACCGUUUUUACUCAAUAAAACAAAUAAAAAAACUGAUUUUGAAUUUUUAACAACUUACUUUGCAAGAAACUGAAGAAUGUGGUCUACCUUAGCUGAUUUUCUUUUAAAUUUUACAAAUUAUGCAAACACGAACAAAAACAAAAGUUGUCUUAUCCAGCCAAUCGAGAAGCGUUUUACAAAUGCCGGCACUUUCAGCCAAUCAUAGGGCCGUUUUUAAUUCGGCGUAUUCAAGAUGGCAGCAUGUUCCGAGCAGGAGAUAGACGGGAUCCUAUCGACGGAUUUACGCUCAAAUUUUCCCGUUUCUCCUGCGCCGAUUCCGAACAGUGAAGUGAUCUCCAAGCACUCACGGACCAGGGAACGUAGCCUAUCAAAGAAGGUCUCCAACAACGAGAGGCUAGGAGGCAGCAGCAGCAACAACAGUGGUGGAGUGGUGGCCAAGGCUCUGCCGCAGCAGUGGCGAGCGGAGGAGGAGGGGGGUGUGGGGGAGCGGGACAUUAACCAGCUCUCGGACGACGCCUUUGAGAGUGUGCUGCGUGAGCUGGUGGAGUGCAAGCCGCAGGCGCGCUCGAGCUCGCUGGUCCGCAGCUUGCGCCGCGAGGUGCGUGACCAAGAGGAGCUCUUUGAUGGCUCCCUGCAUGCGCUGCCGCUGCUCUCCUCGUCUGCCUCCGGUGGGCACCACCAGUCGCGCCACCACCACAGGCCUGGUGGCUCUCUCUCGCUUCAGGACUUGGCCACCAGCUCUCCCAUGCCAUCGUCCAGCAUGGUGCGGCCGCGCGGGGGAGGAGUCCCCAACCCGGCGGGUCGCGGCAUGAGGCAGGUCAACGUAUCUCGCCUCGUGGACGCCCGCACGGUGCGCCUCGACCACCACGUCGAUAUGGCUGCGGCGGUGGCCGCGGCUGGCGGAGGCGCAGGCAGCGGAAACAGCAGCGGCAGCGAGGCAUCGCGUGCCGAGGAAGAGAAGCCCAGCGCCGCAGUGGCUGCCCUCGGCAGGGUCGACGAGCCCUCCUGCGCCAUCAAGUUCCCACUCCUCAUCAGGCCUGGCAAGAACCCGCAGCCCGACCAGGAGCUGGUGACCAUCAAGAACGGCAGCAGCAUGAGCGCUAACGAGGAUGUCGUCGAGAUGCCGACGACUAUAGAUCACGGGCCCCGCCGCGUCACCGCUACAGUCAUCGACCACAACCACACCACUUUCAUAGCUGCAAAGGAAUUCUGUAUGGACAAGGACGGCAGAAUGUCCUUUUUUACAGGCACUUCGACAACAUCCUCCGCACGCUGCGAGAGCGACCGACGCCAAAGCAGCAGCGAGAAAAAUUCGUCACUGUACCAUUUACCGGCACGGCACCUUCUAGUCACCCGCGCUGGGUGCGUUCCAUUGGUGCUCGAGGGGCACUUGGAAACAUGUGACACGGGAACAGUGACUGCCAUUGCACAGAGUCGGAUUCGUGAUGGGGAGCUUCACAGCAACAAUGGCUCCUACUCUGCAAGGAAGAGCAAGAGGUCCCGCAAUCACGUGGAUCCUACCGUGAUGGCCGAGCAGAUGACUGGCCACCGUGGCAGUGACUCCAUUGACACCCUACUGGCAUACAUCUACUCCGACGACAAGAGCGGAGCACCAAACAGCUCAAACAACGGGGGCAACAGUGUGGCCACAGAGAACCGCAAGGGCAAAAACGUGCGCAAGGGCACGACCUCAUCUUCGUCCAACUCUAGCGGUGCUAAGAACUCCCUGUCGAGUCCGCCACCAGGCCAGGCUGACGAAAAGGAGGCGACACAGGAGGGCUUGUCGGAGGACUGUAAUCAACAACAACUUUGCGGCAGUGGCGGCAGCCCAAAUGAGAAGGAGCGCUCCUUCUCACCGAGCUUCUACUCCGACUAUGGCACGGAGACCGAGCUUGCCGGGUGCUACAGGGUGGAUCUGUCGUCCUACUCAGACGUUGACCAAAUUCAGGAGUCUGAGUUCAGGCUAGUCACGAAGAAGCCGAGGCGAAGAGCUCAGCUCAAGAAAGCAGCAACCACCGUGUACGAGGGCUUCCACAGGCCGCUCGGAGGAGGAGGUGGCGGCAGCAGUGGGACAGGAUUCGGCAGCUCGCAUGGAACUGUUACCGGCAAUGGAGCGGUCCACGAAUCAACAGUGCGAAGACCCGGUGUGCAUUCCCUAGAGAGCUUGUCGCAGCCACAACCGCCGCAGCAGCAUCAACAGCGCAACAGCGUUGGCGCACCGAGCAUCCACCAAGAGCCCCCCGCCACCGUGGUGGGGGGCGGCCGCCAGCACAAUUACACCGGCUCGGCGCCGCCUUCCGAGCCGUCCUCUCCAGAGAACUCUGACCUGGACAGCGUCCACUCGCUACCAGUGAGUAGCUGGCAGUGGCAUGGCUGCCACCAUGGUCUUGCAGACGUCGUAUGCAGACAUUGCGCGCAUGUCUUGCCGACAGGGCCGUGGCGGGACUAGUGGAAAUAGUGGUGGUGGGUGUGGUGGUGCCACUGCGCCAAAUUCGUCAGUGGGGGCAGAGAACUCGACAGCAGUAGUAGUGCCUUCGCAACAAGCGGCAGUUCAGCCAACUAGUCAAGGAACAGAGACUCCGGCUGCGACUGUCACGACCGUAACUACACCCACAGCAGGUGGUUCGACCGUGACUGCAGUGAGCAGUGGUAGUGUACGCGAGAAUGUUUCGUCGUACUCCACGGAGUGUUAUCACAGUGGCGAGAGCAACAGGUCAAGCAGCCCUGCAGUUGUGCUCCUGGACGACAUUUGCGGCACACCACCCUCUAUGCUUAGCGAGAUAACUUUUGGUUUUGAUGUGAAUGAGGAGCUAGUGCAAAUGAGUCUGAACAGCCAGUUCCAAUGUGUGCCUUCGGGGGAACUCUUAGGGAAGGGGGAGAGCCUGCUGCCGUGGCAACUGCAGCUCCCACCGUUGUGGCUCCUCCUCGCUUUGACGGGCGGCCGGAAGAGCUGGGCAGGUUUAACCAUAGGGACGUGGUGGACUUCCUGGACUGGGAGUGGGUGAGAGCCUGCCAGAGCUAUGAAAAAGAAGGCUCCUCGGACUCGAAGACAAGGGUCCUGUACUACUGUGAUUCGUCGUCGUCCAGCAGCCAGCGACAACAGAAUAGCUAGCCUGCGCACGUUCCCUCUUUCAAGGAAUGAAGCUUGGAGAAGAGGCAAGAAUGGGCUGCAGUGCAGUUAGGCUCAUUGUUAUGUGUCCGUGAUGGCGUGCGGUGGAAAGAAAACUGGUUGUGUGGUGUGUGCAUGCUUCAGCUGCUCUGGCCAUCUCUCUUUCUCUCCCUGUCCUUUCUUGUUUUGUCGCUCUUCCUUUUCUCGUUGCCAGCAUUCAAGUGCUUCACCUCGUCUGUCGUCACCCGGCUCUCUCGCCUCAUCAAAGUCUUCCGCCGCUGCAAGCAAGUCGCGCAAAAAAACGUCUCCAAGCACAGGGCCUCGCCAUCCACUCUCUGCAUUUGGCCAUCACUGCGGCCACCUCGCUACUUCCCAUCAGUUGCCUUUUUUUAUUAUAUUUUCCGUCGUUCAACGUGAGAGGCAAGACGGCUGGCGAUGAAAGCACACAGCAGCUCGUCCAUUUUCACAGUCAGCCGCAACUGCUCUACUUUUCGCACAACCAAGCCAACUUGUGGAAGAGCAACUACGGUUCUCUUGUCUCGCAAGACCCGUUCUUUCGCAACCGGGAAACAUAAUGUGCCGCAGACUCUUUGUGUAUCUGUGGUGUUGACUCCAGAGACUGAUUUUGUGUGUUUGUUUGUGCACACUUUUUUUUGUCCUGUGUGUUUCUGUGAUUGCCGUGCUGCUGCAACUGAGGUGGAUUGUGAUGUGCACAAGAGGGGUGGCUAUGCAUAAGAACUAAUGCUGAUCGCACCUUCACAAACGAAGCGAGGUGGUGCUGAACUACUGCCCCUCUUCCCGAGGAAGCGAGCGUUGCAAGUGGGCAAAGAAGUGUUCGAAGACUUGCCGUGCCUGUUUCGGGCUCCUUCGUUAUUCUUGGUCUCUGCCUUCAUCAGUGGCUGUAGGGACAACAUAAAAAAAAGUGCUUGCUCAGCGUUGUGUGGACAAAUGCUCAUGAGUGGUGCCGAGACAGGAAAACAAUGCAGAUUGUUGUUGUUCUCUAAUUCCUUUUUCGAGUGACGCCCCACCAUCCCAUCCCAACGUCUCCCUUAACUGACCCACUUCCCGAUCGAUAAGCGCCUUGGUUCUCCGCUCUUUUAGAAGGUGUGCAGUGCAUUUGCAAGUCUCUGGAACUGCAGAAUCACGGGUAGACUCUCAUGAUGGUGUGCAACUGACAGUCUGGUGCAGUGUGUGCGCGUGUGUGUGAACUUUUUGCCCCUGUGUGCACUGUGGUGGCAGACUGCUUAUAGAAGGACCGACUGAGCGCGCGGACAGCUGUCGACUGAACAUGUCUUGCAAGAAAAUCUUAAUAGGUUCAUGGGAUAAGAUGGAGGAGGGGGGGAAUAUACUGAAUGUGAAAGGUGAUGAAGAGAAGUUCCUCUUUGGUUGCUGCGUAGGGAACUUAGGCAAAAGACUUUUCUUCUCGUUCUGAAUACUGAGGGCUCCAAAAUUGCUGUGUGUGAAGUGUGCUGGGUGAUGUGAGCCUGUGUGUGUGUUUGCAUGCGUGCGUUGUUCAGUAUGCAUGUUUGUUGCCUAUACUCAUGCGGCACUUCAGUAAUGUUGUGAUGUUUACUUUAUUCUUUUAAAAGUUUGAGAUGCAUAUUUUGAAUUGGUCUGCUACUGCCACACAAGUGUCCGUAGAAUUAAGGGGCCGGGCACGAGAAUGUCUUAGUGAAGAAUGAAAGAAGGGAACGUGUUUGCUCCUGCGCUUUGAGAUUGACCUGGGAGGAGAGAUAUCUGUGAGCCCUUGUUUUCUUUCUUAAAGUGACCUCGAAGUAUUCUACAGUCAAAAUACAUUGCCAGCAGAGCUGCACGGCUGUUACACUAGAGUUCAGUGCAGUUUGUCCACGCCUUGUCGAAUGCCGGACGUGAGUUUUAUAUGCACAGGUCAGACCUAACUUUUUUUUUUCUUCGUGUGCUUGACAACGUUGUGAUGACUUUGCCACAUUUUAUUUUUUGUUCACUCUUCUAAGAGUCUGCCAGCACCAUCUUUUGCUGCCACAGUGGUGUUGCACAUUAUUUAUUAUAUAAUUAUUGUUACAAUAGUUGAGACUGCAAGGGGCACUAGUGAAAUGCGGUGUGCACUUCUUGCUGCGAUUACUUGCAGGUUUUCUAGGUGUCGACCUGUGAUGGAACAAAAAGUAUAUAUUAUAGGUCAGGGUAAACAAAUCCUUCCAUUCAUCCCCACCCUCCUUUUGAACCCUCUUUCCCCUCUCCACCACCACCAUUUUGCCAAAAUUGAUCAGCCUGAUGAUGCCUUCAUUGUGGAGCUCGAUAUCUGUAGGUAACAUAUCCUUGUAUACGUGGGUUGUAGCCAAUGGCAAGCACCAUUUGCUGCUCAAGGACGGCUCUGCGUACGCUCUAGGAGUGCACGCAGAAAGCACUUGAUUGUUGAUGAAGGGAAAAAAGUUUUCUGUGUUUCCUUAGUUUAUUAUUAGUUCGUUAAUUAUACAAAUCGAUCCUCUGCACAAUCACCCCUGGGUUUAUUAUUAGUUCGUUAAUUUACAAAUCGAUCCUAGGCACAACCACCCCACCCGCCAUCCUCCAUUGCCAGGUUCAUAAGUCUCUCCCAGCACUUGUUUGUCGUGCAAGUCACUCUCGGGGUGUGGAAGAUGCUUCGGUGCCAAGACGGUCCGACGAAGGAGAGCAGCAUAAUAGUUCUUUUGUUUGUGUUUGAUGUUGUUUGCAAGAGAAAGCAUUAAAUGAAUGUCUAAAAGUAUUCACUAGUCGAUGACAAAGAGGUGAUUUAAGUAACGAGGGGGCAUCAGUCUAGACGCGGGAGACUAAAAAUAGUAACGACGAGCAUUGUGUGUCCUCGAAUGUGUUUGUGCACAAUGCGCGGAUUUUUUCUCCUCGACUGGGCCCGAAAUUUUUGUCCCCAUUUUUUGAGUGUCUGUGAAUGCGAAGAAAGAGAUAUCUAUAUAUAUAUAUAAUGUGCAACAAAAUCUUUCCGGCUACCAUGUCAAGAAAACUACCGAAGUUUUAUCGUUCCUUUCAUCCUGUUCAUUAGAGACUGUGUUAAAGAAAAUGUCAUCGAGGCAAGGUUGUUUGAAGCAUUUUUGCCCGCUGCUUUUCCUAGCCAAAAGAGCCUGUUCGCUGAACAUUCCACAUUGGAUUAGCCACUACUAUGAUGCGCAGCCUGUGCGCACUCAUUGGAGUGUUCGCGCCUAUUACCCCGUUGUGAAUGAAAAAAAGCUGCGUUUAUGACGGCGCUGUGUACUUCGCCUCGCCGCCAAGAGACAAUUUUAUCGCGACGCGGUUUGUCUGCAUUGGUUUGUGGCCAGUGGCCCCGCAUACCUUAAAAUAAAGGCUUCGUGCUUUUUUUCAUGCAGCAAGGACAGUCCCCUUCCCCUUGGCCUCCCUAAUUGCAUUUGUGGAGGGGAUGAACGGGCCCAAAAGAAAGUGCAAUGAAAAAUAAAAACAGUUGCUUAAAGAGUUUA